GUUGGAUUUCCUAGGGUCCGGACCGGUUGUGGCGCGCUCAGCUCAAGGACGAAAUGGCUGCAUGCAUGUAUGUUGCUGUUGCUGUUGCACAUGUUGCUGUUGCUGGUAGAUUAUUGCAUUCUUGACGCCCAACUUUGAUACCUCGUCCUAAGGUGUGUUUCUUCAGAAAGAAUUGGGUGUCAAGCCUCUUGAGCUCCAUGCACAACUGAACAUUCUUGUUCGGCUUCAAUCGGCCUUGCCAGGCCUUGAAUCAACUAGGUACUAUCCUCGGCUUGGGGUGUGCUUCAAGGUUGUGCGGACUAGCGGACUACCUGUACUUGGUUUGGGAAUAUCCGCUUAUCAAGGAGUCGCAGCAAGCAGCUUCAAGAUUUGCCAAGAUGAUUGGUUUCAUCGUAGUGGGGUUGGGCAUCGCUGCCGCUUUGUACAUGCUGCGGCCCAAGGACCCAAUCAUUAAGGUGGUACAGGUUCACAUCAAGGGGUUUAGUGUCCGGACACAAGUCACCCCCAUACCUGCGGUUCUUGUCGACCUGGAGGUUUCGAUGGAUGUCUUGUGCAAGAAUCUGAACCCUGUUCCCAUCUCCUGCAGUGAGGCGCUCAUGGAUAUUGUCUACGAGGGACAGAAACUUGGUACUGGAGAUGUCCCCUUCAGCGAACAGCCCGGUUGCAGCAGCAGAAUCAUCACCAUCCCAGGGAAGAUCAGCAGCAUUGCUGCUCUGGGCACACUUGGCCCAAAGUUGUUAUCGGACAUCGCUAAGCGGGAGGUCAAGCUCACGGGAAUAGUAACCCUGAAGGGAGUCGCCAAGCUAGGUGCAAUCAAGCAUCGAUUCAACGUAGGGGUCAACUGCGACGUAGUGGUUGACCCGCUCAUGGUCGAUGUGAUCAGGAGCAGUAGUGAAUGUGACAUGGAUCUUUUCCCAACACUGAAGGGCGAUGAUCAAAAUCCGGGAAAGACGGAGUAGACCUUUAAUGCUACAUUCCUCUGAAUAUCAAAUCGGAACAGUCUGGCAUCAGGUAAGUUCGAGUCUAUCAGAGUGUCCACAAUCUUAGGGUCCCACGUGUAGCAUCUCAUCGUUUUCAAAAUUCAGGGUCUGUACCGGGUAUAAGCGCGCGGCAGGCCAUUUUUGAAACCUGACACCCUCUUCUGAGCAUUGUAAGGGGCGUGCACAUUGCAUGGGCCGGACACCCUCUUAGACCGUACGACCCAUAAUCAACAUACUGGCGCUGAAUCUGUUC